UAUAAUAUAAAUCUAAUGAUUUGGGAAGCUAAUUCGUUAUAUCAGUGGGUUUAUGAUAGACAUUUAAAUGAUUUUUAUAUUUUUCUUCAUAAUAGAGGAUUUAGCAUAGUGGAUUUGGUACAUGAUCCUGAGACUCGUCGCUCUUUUGCCCUCAAAAGGAUUGUGUGCCACAGUAAAGAAGAUGAAAGGAAUGCCGUGCAGGAAAUGGAAUAUUAUAGAUGUUUCAAACAUCCAAAUAUUGUUGAAUGCAUCGAUGGAUGUAUGGUGGAAAAACACAGUCUGGGUCGUAACCAUGUUAGCGAAGUGUGUGUACUCUUCCCAUACUACAGAAGAGGAACUCUUCAAGAUGAACUUAUGAUGAGAGCCAAAUCCAAAAAUUACAUUCCAGAAUUAAGAGUGCUUAGAUUGUUCAGACAGAUGUGUGAAGGAGUAAGGGCUAUUCAUUCAGCACAACCCAUAGCACUUGCACACAGGGAUUUGAAACCAGCUAAUGUCUUGUUAGAUCAAGAUGACACCCCAGUAUGGAUGGAUUUUGGUUCCAUGAGCAAAGCUAGAAUGGAAAUUCACAAAGCUAGUGAAGCAUUAGCUUUACAAGAUUUGGCAGCUGAAAGGUGCACAAUGCCAUACAAAGCUCCGGAAUUGUUUAAUGUUGAAUGUAAUACUUCUAUUGAUGAAAGAGUAGAUAUAUGGUCCUUAGGUUGCUGCUUAUAUGCCAUGUGUUAUUUCAAGUCACCUUUUGACUUUGUUUAUGAACGGGGAGAUAGUGUAGCUUUAGCUGUUGUCAGUGGAAAUGUACAUUUUCCUGAAGAAACACCUUAUUCAGGCGGCCUUCAUAAUCUUGUACGUUCCAUGUUAGAAGUUAGUGUACUUCAACGGCCUUUUAUAGAUGGAGUUUUACUCCAGGUAGAUAGCCUUCUUGCGGUACAUGAGGACAAGAUCUGACCUGUAGCUCAGCUGCUGUAUGGUGUUAAUAAAGUUUUAGGUGCAAUUCAUUCCAACCAGCAAGUGGAAUUUGGUUUUGUACAGUGAAUCCUCUUUCGAGACAACUGUUGGAACUUUGCUUGUUUAACUUAUAAAAUAUUUGAGGUGAUGGAAUUGUAAAGAUUAGUAAAUUGUAUUUGAAUGAACUUUACCAAGAAAGUAGAUUAGAGUAUCUUUUUUUCAAAAUAACUCGGCAGUAACAAAUGUAUAGUGACGUGCACUAUCAUUUAAAAAAAAAAUUCUUACAAGUCUAAUAUUUUAUAAAAUUUCUGAACUACUACUACUUUUUUGCAGAUUUUGCAAAUGUAUGUAAUUCAAGUUGACCUACAAGUUAAAUGAACACAUCAAUUGUUCUGAAUAAUAUAUAAACUACAGCAGAUUUUAACAUUGCACUUAAUUAUGCAUUUAUUCAUUAAAAUCUUUAUCAUCAUUUUGAACUUGUUUUAACUGUAUUGGAAGUUAAAUGAACAAUCUUAUAAAGAUAUUUUAAAAGGGUAAGUGCUGAAAAGACAAGUUACCAUAAUAGCAGCAUAUACAAGUUGAUUUUAUGUUUUAUAUGAGAAAUUAUGUGCUGUGUGUGUUGUGAAACUUCAGUGUGUAAAACCAGUUUGUACAGUUACAACUCCCCAUAUCUUCACAAAAGACUAAGGAUCAAGAUUUUUCGAAAUGUUUUCUAGAUAGACAAUGUUUUAAAAGUGAUUAAUUAUGUUUGUAUUUGAUAAAACAAAGGUUCAUAUGUAUGAAAAUAAUAAAAUAUACACUUUAAACUAUAAGACUUACUUUAAGGUUAAUGAAAUCCAACAAUUUCAGAUGCAGAUUUUUUCAUAUCAAUUUUUAUUGGACCAAUGAAUUACUGACCUUUUUUUUUCAAACUGAGGGAUAAAAUUAAAUAUUUAAUGUUGGCAUUCAGGUUAUUUUCUGAAAUGAGUUUUUUCUUCAGUGAUUUGAUAUAGGUUCAAAUAUAAUCUUAUUGUAAUUAUAUAACUGUAAACAAUUUUCUUACCAUUUGAAUAAGUUCAUAAAUGAUGCUUCAUGGUAUAGGUUUUCAGUAAGGUAAAGUUUAUUUGGUGUAUUCAGGUAAUACUAUUGGAAAAAGGGUGAUGUUAUUACUACUCUGUAAUAAAUUUUAUCCCUGUCUCAUACGUUGAUGGUUUCAUUGUGAUUUGUUAGUUAAAUAUCCAAAAUUCAUAUAUAUAUAUCAAGGAUAAAAGUAUUGUAAAUUUUUAGUCAUUAUGUAUUCAUGCAUAUAUUGGAAUUUUUUAUACACGUGUGUAUGCGUGAAAUAGAAGGAGAAAUAUAAUAUUAAUAUAUAUAUAUAUAUAAAAUUAUAGUAGAAAAAGGAUUUUAUUUACACUGCCUAGAUAUUUGAGGUUUGGUAUCAGUCAAAAUUGAAGAGCAUUGAUGUUACAGUAUAGUUCCAUUUCUCUAGCAAAAACUUUCUUUGAGCACCUUUUUCUUCCAGUCAGUUGUUACAAACUCCAUCUAUGUCUUUUUACAGGAAAAAUAAUGUAUUAUUGGAGAUUAAUCAUGACCUUUCAUAAGUUGCUGAUAUGAGAUAAUGGCAGAAGGGUUUUAGCAUUUGCUCCCAAAAAAUAUCCAAUGCAUAGUAUAUUUAGAAACAGUAUAAAAUUAUUUAAUGUAUCUUCAACUCAAAUAGCUUUUUGAUUAGAGACAUAUUCUGGUUAUUAUAUGUUUUACAAUUUACUGUAGGUAUGGAACUGUAGUUUCCUACCAAGCCUUUUUGCAAAGUAACUUACUACAUCUACUCAUAUAACUCUAACUAAUUUUUAUCUCAACAGUCAGGUCUAAAAUGCAGGAUAACAGCUUUAUGAACAUUUUUGGCAUGAAUAAAGUAUAUUAAUAAAUGAUAUGUAAUAAUAUUCAUUUAUUAAUAUAUACAUGUGUGUAUAAGUGAUUU